GUGUGUGUGUGUGUGUGUGUGUGUUUGUGUGUGUUGUCUGUAGCUCAAUUGUUUGUAAUUAUUCGUGUCUCUAUUCUUUAAUAAUUGAUUAAUUAAUUAAUGCAUUAUCUGAUUGAUAUCAGUGCCAUUUGUGUCAGUGAUUGAAGGUAUCAAUCAUACAAGUCAGUGGGGUAGGAAGAUGUUCACGAGCGGGGGCCUGUACCGUGGAUGUCAUCAUCAGUAAGCUCGCUUGUCAGAUCGUAAACAGAUUGCAAAAGUCAGUAGCACAGAAAAUUUCAAUUCCUACAGUGAGUGAGGGGGGAUUCAGCCCCCCAUCCCCCGGUUCCUACGCUGGCGCAAGUCAUUUUGCCUGAUUAUUUGUUUCUGCAUAUUUUUCUUGGCAACGUCAGCAACAAACAAGGAAUGCAGUUACAUGCUUAGCUUGGUCUAUUGGAUGCUGCUUUAACCAUCGAUUCCUAAUUUCUCUAAUUAUAACUGUGCAUAUGCCAUUAUGGUAUUGAUGCUGGUGCUUGGUGCAGUGCGUAUCACUUGUCUUUGAUAAAUCAAUCUUCACACUGUCUGUAGGACCAACCUAGAAGCAUUAGACUGUAAUAGAAUAAUGGUUUGACUGCAUAAGACCGUGAUUGUUUGUAUACACUAUUGUGUAUUGAACAUUAUUGGACAGAGUCUGAUGGUUGGCUGUAGCCCAUCUAUUUUCUGGUGUGUACAAUGACUCUCAAACAGUAGAAUGAUAAUGUCCUGAUGACAUGUAUUUGGUGAAAGCGACAUAGUCAGGGUCACUGCAGUGUGUGUGUGGUCUCUUAAUUAAUCAUGCAAUUACACAUUAGUGUUCCUUCAAUGCUAGACAUAAGAAAUCAGAUUGUUGGUGGUUUAAUUAAUGGAUAACUUUGUAUUUUUUCUAAACAAUGACGCCAUGUGCAGAACAUGUGAAGAGCCAUUCAUUUCACAUGGACAGAAGCUGUUGUGUUAAUUCGCGUCAUGCUCAUGUUGCAGUGUAAUUUGUCGAUUACUAAUUGAGACUGUGAACUUCCUGAACUUUUCUGUGUAAUCUCGUUCUCACUGGGUGUGGGUGUCAGUCUAUUGUAUUGAAGUAACAACAGGUUACUGCGCAUUUCAGCUCUUUGUUCUCUACAAGAUGGCAGCACAUUUUGUUGUGGAAAUUGUGCUCUUAUUUUCAUGGCUUCAAGUGAUCUUUUGUGUAGAGAAAGCAUUGCCAUAUCAAUCAGUUGUUACUGGUCCUCGAGGUCCCCCUGGUCCAGUCGGUCAGAGGGGCUUACCUGGACCACCAGGAAGGAUGAGGGGCUUACCCGGACCACCAGGAAGGAUGGGAGAUCCAGGUCUUGGUGGCCCACAAGGUCUUCGUGGUCGUGUUGGCCAACCAGGACAGAAGGGGUCGAUUGGGCUGCCAGGUGAAAAGGGUGUAUCUGGAGUGAAAGGCAAGGCUGGACGAAAGGGGGAAAAAGGCGACAUUGGAUUGCGAGGUGCUGUUGGAUUAAAAGGAGAACGAGGUGACGUAGGACAAAAAGGUGAAAAAGGAGUAGCCGGAGAAGUUGGUCGUAAAGGAUAUCAAGGCAUUCGAGGUCCAGUGGGUCCAAUAGGUUUGCGAGGAUUUAGAGGAUACAAAGGAGAGAAAGGCAUUCCUGGACUAACUCCAUUUUCUGAAAUAAAGAGGCUAGAAAGUUUGGUAACAAGAUUGUACAAUGAACUGAAGGUUCCCAGGGUGUCUGUUGGUGAUGAAGCUGGUACAUGCAACAUGAGCACAUUAGGUUAUUUGUUCUACCACAAUACUAAUAAAUCUCUGCUGUUUUGUGAUUCUGAGCAUUGGGUUAAGAUCAUCAGUCUGAUAUCAUGGAAAUCAUACGAAUCUUGUUCUGCUGUUGAAUAUAAGAUCAACUCUAUUCAGUUUAUGCAGAAAGUCAAUUCUCGUUCACCUGUAAAGGUAUUAAAGGUUUAUUGUGAUUAUUCUGUGAUCUCUAGUGGGUGUGCACUUGUGUGGAAACACUCCUAUUUUCAAGUUGGAAAUCCAACUGAUGACAUGCGUACUUUCAGUUCAGUGGAUCGUCCAUGUACUGAUCUGUCUGAUGGUUGGUGUAAUGUGGGUAACAAGGAUAAUGUUCGUGGUAAUGUUCAAUUGACAGUUGCUUAUCAUGAAGGAGAAGUUGUGUAUGCAUAUCGUGGUGAUCGUAAUUCUGAACUGGGAAAGUCAUGGCGUGGAGCAAUACUCAACAAUUCAGUCAAAAUUUCAGAUCAUUGCACUUACCAUAAUGGGGUACCUCCAGAGCCAUCUAUAGCUUACACACCAGGAUUGACAUUUGACAAAAAUAAACCUGGUGUAUACACUGGUAACUGUGACACAGAUCGAUACAAGAGUAUGAUUGACUGUCGUUGGGAGAACUGUCAUUUACCUUCAUCUAUCUCAUCCAAAACACAUCAUGUACAAAUGACAGUUGCUAUAUUUCUUUGUUGACUUUGCACACAGCACACUGCAUGGGAUAGUUGCAUGUUGUUCUUGUUUGCAUUGUAUGAAAUGUAACAUCUAGUAUUGUGAACCUUGGUCUUUCUUGUCAGGACUUCACAGCAUCAUUGGCUUUUGUUGUGUUUCUGAUUCCCAACCAUAAAC